AUGGGCAACUCCCAGGGAAAGCCCGUGGCUUUCAAUGAGGCAGUCAACCUCAACCACUUCCGCCUCCUUCGGGUGGUCGGAAAAGGUGCCUUUGGAAAGGUUCGCAUUGUCGAGAGGAAAGACACAGGCUUAACGUUUGCCCUCAAAUACAUUCGCAAAGAAGAAGUGGUACGCUCGGAAAGUGUACGGAACAUUAUCCGCGAACGCAGAAUGCUCGAGCAUCUCAACCACCCCUUUCUUUGCAACUUGCGAUACAGUUUCCAGGAUAUAGAGUACAUCUAUAUCGUGGUCGAUCUCAUGAACGGUGGCGAUCUCCGGUUCCAUAUCUCACGCAAGUGUUUUACAGAGGAAGCAGUGCGCUUCUGGAUGGCAGAGCUUGGUUGUGCCUUGAAGUAUAUUCACUCUCAAGGUAUCAUUCAUCGGGAUCUUAAGCCCGAUAACGUGCUAUUGGAUUCCGAAGGGCAUGUCCAUUUGGCUGACUUCAAUGUCGCUUCUGAUUUCCGACCUGGAAAGCCUCUCACCAGCAAAUCAGGAACCUUAGCUUACCUGGCCCCGGAGGUCUACGAAGGAACUGGGUACUACAACGAAGUUGACUGGUGGUCAUUAGGUGUUACAUUCUACGAGUGCAUCUAUAAUAAGCGACCAUUCGAAGGCCGCAGCCAGGAAACUCUGAGUGAAAACAUCAAAAAGGCACAACCCAAGUACUAUGUCACCAAUCCCGCUGUAUCAGUCCCCUGUCUACGAGCCUUGGGUGCAUUAAUGGAGAAGGAUCGGAGUCGCCGUAUCGGUGCGAUUGGCUGGGAGAGCUUCACCCAGCACGUGUUCUUCGCCGACAUCGACUUUGAAGCGCUGGAGCGCAAAGAGUACUCUCCAGUCUUCCGGCCGUCUAGUGACAAGACCAAUUUUGAUGCGACGUAUGAUUUGGAGGAGCUGCUGUUGGAAGAAGCUCCGCUGGAAGCCCGCGCUCGUCGGCAGAAACCCCGCGCCGAACUUCGAGAUGAUGCUACUGCCAAAGAAAUUCGCGAGGAUGAGCUCCAUCGCCUGAUUGAAACAAUGUUUGAACCUUUCGACUACACCACCGUCAGCUUCCAAGUCACCGCCGCGGAAGCCAUCGCUGCAGCAAUAAACCCCGAAGACUGUAUUCCUAUCGCGACCGCCACCUCCACAAACCAUGCCCGCCAUCCUUCGCAACCUGAAUCAUCCGCCCGAAACGUUGCUACCCCGCAACACGAUGGAUCUGUCCAACGCAUGCCCCCAAACGAGAACAUGACCUCAGUCAGUUCGAAUCUCGACCCGAAUGAUUCGGCCGGCCCGCAGCCAUCUUCGCCUUCGAGUUCACGCGUAUCUCCCUCUCCCAUUCCUCCUCCAGCUCCAUCCUUCCACCGUCCGUUACCUCAAAACCCCCAGCGCGGCGCGACACGGAAGACGAGUAAAGGCGGCGGAGUACAGAUGGUACUUGAAGAGGCCGGCAGCUGGAGUGAGCUCGCCAAUCACAGCUCAACUCUUCCCGCUGAGGGGCUGCAGGGCGAGGAAGGCAAGGGCAAGGCAUCCAACAGUGGCAUGCUGUCCUUCCUCAGUCGAAAGAAGGGCCGUGAUCGCAGUCCCAAGCCUACCGAGCCCGGUGUCUUGGGUAAGGAGGGAGCUAGGCAGAUCAUCAGCUGA